GCGCGCGGUGCAAAAGUCAGUGAAGUCUCUGCAGCACAGCAGCUCUGUUUAUUCCUGCAGGUCCCGCUAUUCAAGGUAUUUGUUGAAACUCCGCGGCCUGCGUUCUUGACCUCUUCUACCGACGCAAACUCUGUCCGUCUGGGGUAUAUUGUAUAGAGGGUGAGGUGUACUGUGGAGUCCAUGGCAGAACAGGAGGCCAACGGUGGCCUAGGAAGACCACUGCCUCACUUUAACCCUGCAAGUAUCACUCCAACCAAACAGGAUGAGGUGCUGUACUCUGAUGAUGACGACUGCGGGUCAUGAGGUGGGCGUCGCCACGCGUCCGGCCUCUGUCUCCAAGACGUCGUUCUCGGUAUCUGACUACUCCCGGCCAUUCAGAAGAGAGCCAUUCAGAGUCUCAAACAGUCCCCUCACUUUCUCCGACAACAGCUCCCACAGUUCAGCUGCCUCGACACCUCAAAAGACUGGUGCGAGGCAAUCAGGCCAGGGAUCUACCCACUCAUUACAGAGCUCUACCCAAUCGGCACCUCCGACCUUUGGCAUUGGACGACCGGCCGCUGUCCGAGAGUCUGAGCCUGUGGACGAGGGAGAGGGGUCAGAGUACAUAUCCGAGGGUGAAAAUUCCUGCAGAGAUAAGUAUCACUGCCAUCAUGUCGAAAUUGGAGCAAGUCAAGAGCUACUUGCAAGAGGCUCAAGCUCUGCAUCAGCAGAUGAAGGAAAGGCUCUCAGAGCCAGGGAUGGCUGUGCAGGUGAACAAGAUGGGGAGACUGGUAGAGGACUUGAGGAGACAGGAGUCUGGCUACCUCAGCAUCCUCGUCAAACUACUCGACCAGCAGAAAGGCGGGCCACUAGCCAACUCUUCUCAAGAGAGAACAGCUGAAACUGAUGACUCGAGAGAGGUACUGUCUGAUGGAGAGGUAUCUGGAGAGCUAGCGGAUGAGGUUGGGGGAGAGAAGAGAGAUGACAGUAUGAGUCUGAAGGCAGAGCUACUCAAGGAGAGGAUGGAGACUCAGCGUGAGGAGAAAGAGAAGCAGGAGCUGAGGAUGUUGAGAGAGCAGAGAGACCUCCUUACAAAACUAGUAGAGCAGCAGAAGCAGGUCAACAACAAACCAUGUAUAGAGGCGCUGGAGGUAAGACAGAGGAGACUGUUGGAUGGCAACACCACUGGUCACCCUCCAGCUACAACCAAAACUCAGGCACCUCCGUCUGAAGCAGGAGUGUUGAGGAAUGGAGCAGGCCAAGAGAAGCGGCAGGCCAGAGUCACCACAGAGAAUAUGGAUGAUGAGACGACCGAGUCGGCUGUGGUGAGGAGACUGCAGGAGUUGAGAGAGAGACGGGCUAGAGUGGAGCACCUGACUAGCCUCCUCGCACAACUACAGACUGACACUGAAAACGAGAGGGAGUCACAAGUUCCGACUUCAAGUGCUGUCGCCGCUGCUGGUAACACUGGUCAACAACCUCUGGGAGGGGCUGGAUCUGGUGAGCUAGUGGCAGCAGGGAGUCAAGCAAUGCCUGCUGAGCUACUGGAGCUCCACCAGAAACUAAGGCAGGCACAGGAGGCCAGGGAAAAGCUGGCAGAACUGCAGCAAAUGAUCAGUCUCUUACAAGAACCUGAUGUUGAAGGAAGUGAGGUGACGCAGGAUCCUCCUCUGGUCAGCAGCAGCAGACAGGGUCUCCUGACUAGAGAGAGCCAGUUUGAGCAACAACAACAACAGCAACAUCGUGGGGAAGAGGAGGAGGAAGAUGAGAGAUGGACAGACUGAAUCUGGAGAGUUGAUGGCUACAGGAGAGCUGGAGGCGAGUGUGAUAUCCGAGUACGAGGAGAGACUGGUGAGGCGGAGGAGGGAGGUGAGGGAGCUCCAGGAACAGAGGGACCGACUCCUGACCACUCAGAGGAAACUGCAGCAACUACACCAGAGCAUUGCUGACAAUGCAUCUCUAUCACCUACCAAUAACACAGCCUCUGGUAAUAGGGAACAGUCAGUCAAUGCUCCCAGUAGCGGAGGCGCAGAAGGUGUGUUGUCCUCUGAGGAGCUGGCCACAGAGCUGGGCAGACAGAGGAGACUGUAUGAUGAACUGCUGGACAAGACGCAGCAGAUCCAGUCGAUGGUUGAUGAAGUGACCAGUGCAAGGGACAUGUCGGGUGCCACAUGGGGUGGAUCGUCCAGUGAAGAAGAGGAGGAGGAGGAGGGUGUCAGUUCAGGGACUGGUCUGAAUGACACCAGAGAUGAUUUGGAGCAAACCUUCACCGGGACACUAGGUGGAAGUGCAGUGGUAGUUGUGGAAGAAGAUGAAGAAGAACAAGAGAUGGAGGGAGAGGAGGGGGAGAAGGAGAAGAAGUUUUGUUCAGGGUGACCCGCCACACCCCCCACCACUUGCACGGAGGUCAAAGGAGACUCCUGACCCCUGAGACCACGCCCCACUCGGCCGGCAAGAGGAUGAAACUUGACGACACCUCAUCUGCAGCACCAACUGUGACUGCUCAAGUAGGGAGUGUGAAGGCUCCUCCCCAGCCUAGUACAAGCCCGCCAUUGGGAGUCUGAGUGCUGCAUGGCCAGGUGUCAUCUUCCCUCCUCCUCCUCCUCCAGAAAACAGACCAGAGAGGAGGCCACUCAGACUGGUAGAGAUGUGAUGGGGCAGGGGUCCCUGGCAGAGACCCACCUCUCGUUUCUCCACCACCAGCUGGCGGCCACCUCGUCCCUGGCCAGCCAGCUCGUCGUGUCCCAGCAGACCCUGGUGGGCUCCGUCUGUCGCCAGCUGGAGACCAGCACUGGCCGGCUGCUUCAGGACCACUUUGCCAGACUCCACCACUACCAGACCAGCUGG